AACACGAGAUAAAUAUAUCUUUUUAACUCAUAAAUUUUGUUUAACUGAAGAAGAAGGAAAAAGAUGAGAACUUCUUCUCUUCUUGGUUGGUUUUUGAUCAUCUCCCUCUUGUUACUUUCUCAAUCCCUCAUAAUUUCAUGCGGACGUCAUGGAACCAAGAUCACUCCCUUGGAACGGGGACUAGUUGAACAUGAAGAGAACGCGGAUGGGUCUCACGGUCAUCACCAUGACCAUCUUCGAGUCUUCGUGAGGAAAUCCAAGAAGAAGAAGAAGAAGGACAAAUCAUCAGCCACUCGAACUCUUCUCUCUAACCCAUUUACCUAUGUAUCUACUGUUCCUUUGCCAAUUUCAUCUGAAAACCAGGAGAGUGAACGAAGACUUGCACAACACGGUGACUCCAAUCCAUUGGAUCAUCAUGACUCUCUUCGAGUUUUCAAGAGGAAAGCUCGUGUUGGUGGUGGGGGUAGUCGUGGUGGUGGUCGUAGUCACCGUCGUGUCCCUAGUAGUGGUCAUGUUGCCGGUGGAUCAUCCGCUACUAGUCGACCUUCUCUCUCGAUUGCAUUGCUUUUCGGUUCCACGGUAGCAAACUCAAUUCUGUUAACAUUCUUGGCCUUCUAAUUGAACUCUUUUUUUAUCCUUGUAUUUUUUAAUUUGUAUCUUGCGAGAACCCUUUUUCUUUUGAAUAUAUUAUUGUUGGUUCUACUCGUGGUUGUAAUCGAAAGCUAAUAAAUCAUUCCAAAUUUC